AUGGCCGGACAACGUGGACCCGUACCGGUACAGGCUCAGGCCGGCAGCCGCGACCUCACUCAGGAAGUGCUGGACCUUUUGGACACCCAGCAGAGCGUUGCGACCGAGAGCGACCUGCCCGAUGUAGCACAAGCCGAAAUCAAGGCCGCCCUGGACAGACUGGCCUCGAGAAACAUGGUCGUCUACGAGACCAACGACAAAGAACAAGUUGUGCUCACAAAGGAGGGCGAGCAGAUUGCCAAUGAGGGCAGUCACGAGUUCAAAGUGUGGGAGGCUGUCAAGAGAAAGGGCCAGAUGCCUUUGAAGGAGCUUCAGAGUGAGUUGCCAGACUCGGCCAAGGUUGGUCAGGGCAAUGCUUUCAAGCUCAAGUGGAUCAAGAAGGACGGCGAUGUGCUCGUGUCGCUGGUCGACUCGCCCAAGGACACCACCCGCGAAACCCUCGCCGCCAUCCAGAACACCAAGUCGCUGUCAGACAACAAGCUGCUCGCCGAUCUCAAGAAGCGCAAGUUGGUCACCGUCACAAAGGUUAUCAGCUAUGUCGUUACCAAGGGCGACAAGUAUGCAAAGGAGAUGCCCGUCGAGCACACAGAUCUCACACCCGAAAUGCUCGAGUCGGGCGAGUGGAAGACUGCAAACUUCAAGCCCUACAACUUUGCUGCACUCGGUUCGCAGCAGCAUGCCGGUGCUCUGCAUCCGUUGAUGAAGGUGCGCGAGGAGUUCCGCAAGAUCUUCUUCCACCAGGGCUUCAUUGAGAUGCCCACGGGCAGAUUCGUCGACACUGGCUUCUGGAACUUUGACGCUCUCUUCGUGCCCCAGCAACACCCUGCCCGUGACCUCCAAGACACCUUCUACGUCUCUGACCCCGUGUCUGCCGACUUCCCCCGCGCGGACCCCAUCGCAGACGCCGCCAUGGAAGCCAUGGAGAAAGACGCCAAACUCUACGAUCCCCGCCUCGCAUCCACUGAGCAACCAAAACUCGACUACCAAAAAUACUACGACAACGUGCGCAAAGUACACCAAGACGGCGCUUUCGGCUCCAUCGGCUACAGAUACCCCUACAACGAUGCCGAGACCACCAAACUCGUGCUGCGAACACACACAACUGCUGUUUCUACAUAUGUUCUGCAUCGUCUUGCCGCCAACCCACGUCCUUGCCGCUACUUCUCCAUCGACCGCGUCUUCAGAAACGAAACCGUGGACGCCACCCACCUGGCAGAAUUCCACCAAGUCGAAGGCGUGAUUGCCGACUACGACCUCACUCUCGGCGGCCUAAUGGCCUUCCUCGAAGGCUUCUUUGCCAAACUCGGCAUCUCCAAUCUCCGCUUCAAGCCAGCCUACAACCCCUACACCGAACCUUCCAUGGAAGUUUUCGGUUACCACCAAGGGCUUGGCAAGUGGGUAGAAAUUGGCAACAGCGGUAUGUUUAGACCUGAAAUGUUGGAAUCUAUGGGUCUGCCCAAGGAUCUGAGGGUUUAUGGGUUUGGAUUGUCAUUGGAGAGGCCGACGAUGAUCAAGUAUGCCGUGUCGAAUAUUCGUGAUUUGCUGGGUCACAAGGUGGAUUUGAAUUUCAUUGAGAGUAAUGCUGCUGUUAGACUUGAUAAGGAUUAG